AUGCAAGCUGCAACUGAACAAAACAAGCACAAAGUAUUUGUCACUGGAGCAUCUGGCAAACUGGGCCAAGCUCUCUGCCAAGACUUGAUGAAAUCUGGUGUCUUUGAAGUCGUCGGAAGCGUCCCUCCUCAAGAAGUCAAGGAAAAAUGCUUCAAACUUGAACAAUGUGGAUGCAAAGUCUGUGAAUGUGAUGCUGCAAAGACUGAAAGUGUUCUCAAAGUCCUCAAAGAAACCAAGCCUUUGCAAGUGGCCAUCAUUGGCAUUGCAGCUGGAGCUGAUCAAACCCAACACUUGAAGGCAUACAUCGAUACAGCCGAAGAAGCUGGUGUCGAAUACGUCAUGCUCUUCUCAAGUGCAGCUGCAGAAAAGGAUGUCACCAUGUGGGGAAAGCAAUUCCAUGAAGUCGAAGAAUACUUGAAAAAGACUGUCAAGAACUGGACUAUUGUCAGGUCCAUGUUCCAUGUUAAACAAAUCAAAGAUCAAAACACCAUGCCAUUGCCCACAGAAGGCUACUUUGCUCCGGUAUCAGUCAUGGAUGUCGCUUGUGCUGCCGCUCAUAUCCUCAAAGAUUGCGAAAAGCAUCAUGGCAAGACUUAUGAAAUCACCGGAAUCAAAACCAAACAUGGACCUGAAUUUGCCAAAGACGCAUCCAUGGCUCUUGGUCGAACCAUUGAAUUCAAAAAGAUCUCCAUGGAAGAAGCUCAAAGAGUUGAAGGCAUCGUCUCAUUCUACAAGGCUGUGGAUGAGAACAAACUCAACUUCGUCUCAUCAGACUUCAACACAAUCACUGGCAAGGAUCCCAUGAGCAUGGUCCAAGUCUUUGAAACGUACCACUCUAAAAACCCUGAAAUGUUUGGCAAGAAGAAGGAAGAAUGA